AUGCCUGACGUUGAAGACUGUAAACUUGAUUCAAAUGGGUCCAGUUAUCAAACAUCUGCUGAUUCAUCAAAAUCAGACACAAAUAUCCAGUUGCCUGAAGGAGAAUUAGAUAACAAAAAAGAUCCUGAUGGCGCGAAAAAUGAAGCAGUGGAAAAAAAGAAAAAAGAGACAUUGUCCGUAUUACGCUAUACAAAAGAACAGUUACUGGCCUUACGCGAUAGUCCACUUGUAAAGAAGCCAGAUGCUUUACCUCCAAUCAGUGUUUGGUUUGGGGAACAAACAAAGAAAGAAAAGAAAAUUGGUGUCGAUGGUGCUGUGGAAACCGAAAAGAGUAAAAAUAGUAAUGCGCUUGGAUCAGAGUUAAAUAAAUCAAAAGAUGAUUCAUUAGGGAUUCCAAAGAGUCCUUUACUAGGAGUUUCAAAAAGUCCUAAUGGAUCUGCACCGACAUCUCCAAAGCCGUCAGAUAAAAUUGUUCUUGGUCCACCCAAAUGGAACUUUGCUUCAUCAUCAGUCGGAGGAUUAAAAAUUGUGGAAGAAAAAACGGCACCACCAAGGACCGGUAGAUCAGAUGGAAUGCGACAACGUCAAGUUGAAGACCUUUCAUAUAUGCGAACUGGAAAAGACACUGAACCACGAGCACCACGGGGACCAUCUGGUGGCCGCGGUUUCAUUGGUAGGGAGGCAUUACGAGAACACCGUACUUUGACAGAAAAGACAACGAAAGAAUCAGCUGGACCUACUCACGGAAUACAUGGUCGUGGAUUGGGAAAUAUGCGGUCUCAUGAUACAAGUAGAAAUAAUCGCCGGGAAGGCAUUGGAGGAAAAGAACAUUCUGGAAGAAAUACUUCAAGAUAUCAGCAUGUGGAUGAUAGGGAAACUCCUGAAUGGAUGAAUUAUAAUCCGCAGACUGAUGCAGAUACAAACCACUUUGAUAACGGUGAAACUACGCGGAGUAUUUCGCGAGCCGAUAGUAGUAUAUCAUGGAGGCCAGGAAAUAAAACCGUGACGACCGAAGAAGCUAAUAACGUUUCAAAUAAUAAAGCUGCAGAAAUUGUACAGAAUGGAUCGAAGGAAAAAAACCCACCGAAUUUCGAUGGUAAUUAUCUAGAUUUACACUAUGAAUAUUCUUCACCAUCAUUAAAUUUGGCUGAUGUGGACCAACUAUUUGGCCCUGGUGGAAUGGAGUUGAACGUAAAGGAACACUCAGGUUCAUCGGCUUUUAAUAAAUUUCUUUUUCAGCAUGAACUUGCCAUGACCGAAGACAAUGGACCUAAAACCGGAACUGGAUCGCAUAUAGAGACAACAAUUCCUCGAGAGCAAGGGACAUCUCGCUUUGCCAGAUUUUUCUCUCAUAAUACCGAGGAAAUUUUUCAAGAUAAUGACCAUAUGGAGAGACCAUCCACAUUUCAAGUAUCUCAAGUAUCUCCUCAGAAUCUUCCGGUAUCAAACGAUUUGUUGAAACCUGGUCCAAUUAGUCUUGAUACUCUAUUUCAAAGUCAAGUCGCCACACCAUCUACUACAGCAUCUAUUUCUCCCCAUAUUGGACCAAGUGAAGGAAUACGGAUCCUUCCUGGAAUGCUCACUGAAGAGGAGGUUUUACAAUCUUUAGGAGCCAAGCCACCUUCGAAACAUGAGCCAAAGGAACGAAAUUCUGAAGACGAAGCCGCUAUGUUUAAAAUAUAUGCAGCCUUAAAGAAAGGCCCCUCGUCUUCAGAUUUACCAAUUCAGCUGUCACAUAACACGCCAAUAUCUUCUUCACAUCAAUCUGUACAAUUUCAACAUUCGGCGAUUACAAAUUCAGGAUUACCUUUCAAUGAUCCGUCUAUAAUCAGUGCUCAAAAACCAACUUCAAUUAACAAAACUAAUCAUCCACCACCAAAGGUUGAUAUUUCUAAUCGACAUCUUGGUAUUUCUGAGUUAGCUCCAAAUGAUUCAGUUAAGAAGAUCAAUAUGCUUUUUGGAGGAAAUGUUCCAACUUCUGUUUAUCGUCAAUUGAGCUCAAGGUCAGAUAAUAGUUCCAGAGAAUCAUCAACUGCAUCUUCACCGGCGUUGAAAUUCAAUCCAAAACCAAAUAUUUCCAACUUUUCACAUUCGCCACAAUCUUCGGCAAUUAUUCCUGAUCUUCACGCAUCGGUUUAUAAAACAUCAUCCCCUCGUUCUCCUAUCAUUUCUCAAAGUCAAAACCCUUCACAGUAUCAUAAUAUAGUUCCACCUUAUUCCAAUGGACAAAAUAAUCCUCAACAUUCUCAUCAUCGACAAGAAUUUUCUCUGCCCGUCGGUCGCAACAUACCCGUGGAUCAAUUGUUUAAUAUGAUACCACAACCUCCACGCAAUGUUCCUCAACAAAUUCACCCCCAAUUCCAACAGCCUCCAAUGACAUCUUCAAUGCCCCCUCAAAUGCCAUUUGGUUAUCAACAUGAUCGUUAUCCACAGCAACUUCAAUUUUCUGGCCCUCCCCCAAUACCACCACAACAUAUUUCUGUACAUCAUCAUCCUGGAUUGUUACCUCCUGGUACGGAGGCUCUUUUCGCGAAUAUGCAUGGAUAUGCACAAUUUAUUCCAAAUCUUGUUAACAAUGCAAUUGCGCCACAUACCAUACCCGGAAUUCCAAAUAACACAAAUAUGCAGCAACGUGGAAUGAUGACUUUGGAAGAAAUUGAGAGGAGAGGAGGUCUUGGUGGACGUUAG